AUGAAUAUCGAGAACGUAAUCGAUAUCUUCCAGAUGGCUUUGCUUCGUGAUGCUCCUCAGAUUAACCUCAUUUGCCAUCAUUUCAUCCUGAGAAAUUUCAAACCAAUUUCUUCCUCUGAAGGAUGGCAAAUAAUGAAAAUCAGCCACCCGAACCUGGAAAAGGAGAUUACUGAGUCCGUAAUUUAUGAGGACGUUGCGAAAAAGAAGAGGACGAGAAAGGUUAAUGAGAGAAAAAUUUAUCUACAACUAUACGAGGCAAUUGAAGCUCUUGUCCAUAUGUGUAGAGAUGGUUGUCGAAUUAUUGGCGCACAUGACAAGAUAUUAAGAGACGAUCAGCUCCUUGUAAGAAUGAAGCUUGUAAGGGGUUAG